CGCGCCUCCCCUCCCCUUCGUCUUCCACCUCCGUCUCCACCUCCACCUGUACGCCUCCGCCGUCUCCGACCCCAACUACUCAAAACCCUAGCUAAACCUCCUUCUCCGGCGAGAUGGACGGCCUCAAGGGAGCCAAGUUGCCGAGCGCCCCGAAGGGCGGGAGCGCGCUCGUGAAGUUGGCGGUGCUCGGCGGCGCGGGUCUCUACGCCGCCCUCAACAGCUUCUACAACGUCGAGGGCGGCCACCGCGCCAUCGUCUUCAACCGCCUCGAGGGUAUCAAGGACAAGGUGUACCCCGAAGGAACUCACCUGAUGAUCCCGUGGAUCGAGAGGCCGAUCAUCUACGACGUCCGCGCCCGACCCAACCUCGUCGAGAGCACCUCCGGAAGCCGCGACCUCCAGAUGGUGAGAAUUGGUCUUCGUGUCCUUACUCGGCCCAUGCCAGAUCAGCUACCUAAAAUCUACAGGAACCUGGGGGAGAACUUCAAUGAGAGAGUUCUGCCUUCAAUCAUUCAUGAAACACUCAAAGCUGUGGUUGCUCAAUACAAUGCCAGUCAGCUGAUUACACAGAGAGAGGCCGUGAGCAGGGAGAUUAGGAAGAUCCUGACUGAGAGGGCCAACAACUUCAAUAUUGCUCUGGAUGAUGUGUCCAUCACAAGCCUCAGCUUUGGAAAAGAGUUUACUCAUGCUAUUGAAGCCAAACAGGUUGCUGCACAAGAAGCUGAGCGUGCCAAGUUCAUUGUUGAGAAGGCCGAGCAGGACAAGCGCAGUGCAGUUAUCAGGGCACAGGGUGAGGCUAAGAGUGCAGAGCUGAUUGGUCAAGCCAUUGCCAACAACCCCGCUUUCCUGGCUCUGAGACAGAUUGAAGCAGCCAGGGAGAUCUCCCACACCAUAGCGGCCUCAAGCAACAAGGUGUUCCUUGAUUCCAGGGACCUUUUGCUUGGGCUCCAGCAGUUGAAUGUGGGGGGCAAACAAAAGAAGUGAAGUGAUCGUCCAGCCCAGUCCCACACUACCGUGGAAGAGAGUAGUUUAAGAUACAGAAUGGUUUCAGUCGAUGGUUUUAUCUGCAGGUGAACAAAAUCGCCCCAUGUUACAGUCAACCUUUUUUUGCUGUAUCUAGCAUUUUUCUGUGGGAAUCACUGGAAGGAGGGCCAAUGCGAUGAUUUACUUGUGCGCUGCUGCGUUAGUUUCUGUGUAUUACCCUAUGUUUCUUUCUGCAAACAUAUAUGCAUCAUAGGCUGUAUGUUUCAUUCUGGAAGGCACAUAUGUACUCUUCAUCAGGUUAGAGACAUGAAUCCAUAAAGCUGGCUGAUGAGGUCAAGCUCAUCGACAUGGUUUGAAAGUUAAUCAUGUCGCGCCUGAAA